UAAAAAUGGAGACGACGCCAAAGGAAGACUAUGAAACUGUAAGAAAGAGAUAUGAAGAUGCUGGCCAAGACCACAUCUUCAAGUAUUAUGAAGAGUACACUGAAGAAGAGAAGGAAGAGUUCCUAGAUCAGCUCAGGGACAUCGACCUUCAAGAGACCGAAAGAUUGUACAAAGAUGUUUGCUUAGUCGACCAUAAAGAGGAUUCUAAGGAUGAAGAGAUCAACCCUCUUCCAAGAGAAUCAGUUCAUACCUUCAGUAAGCUAGACGAAGAGACUCAGGGAAAAUGGAGACUCACUGGAGCUCAGCAGAUCAAGAACGGAAAAAUCGCCUUAAUGCUCCUUGCUGGUGGAAUGGGGUCAAGACUUGGAUCCGAUAAACCAAAAGGAAUGUAUGAUAUUGGACUACCAAGCGGAAAAAGCUUGUUCCAAAUAAUUGCUGAGAGGUUCAAAAGAGCUCAAGAGUAUUCAGCACUCCUUUGCCAAAUGGCUGGUGAGAACUGCGCUCCAAGAUAUAAUUGUCACUUCUAUGUCAUGACUAGUGGGCUUAAUGACAAGGUCACAAGAGAUUUCUUCAGAGAGAACGAUUAUUUCGGUAUUCCAGAAGACAAGGUAUUAUUCUUUAAACAAGCUAUGCUUCCAACACUCUCCUUUGAAGGAAAGCUGCAGUUCGAGACUAGAAAGAAGGUAUCUGCAGGUCCAAACGGAAAUGGAGCUCUCUUUGAAGCAUUCAGAUCUUGCAAAGAGCUUCAAGAUAGCGUAAAAGAUAAUGGAGUUGAAUUUAUUCACCUUGUUGGAGUUGAUAAUGCUCUUAACAAGUUCAUGGAUCCUCUCCAAGUUGGAAUGACUUAUGAGAACAAUUUGAAGGGAUGCUCCAAAUUUAUCAAAAAGAAGUAUCCAACUGAGUCACUUGGACUCUUCGUAAAGAAAGGUGAAGCUAUCGAAAUCAUCGAAUAUACUGAGUUAGGUGAAGAUAUGGCCACAGAGACAUAUGAAGAUGGAGCCCUCAAGUUCGAUCAAGGAAAUAUGGUUAACUUCUUGAUUAGUGUAGAGACUUUGGAGAGCCUGGUCUUUGGAAAAGCAGAGAUCCUCAACUCUCUCUAUCAUCGUGCGAUAAAGAAGAUCCCAGAAUAUGUAGAAGAUAGAGAUGUUACUGAGAAGCCAUCCAAGGAAAAUGGUUAUAAACUUGAGCUCUUUGUACAUUCUUUCCUCUCUUAUGUAGAAGGUGCUUUCGAGAUGAUCGAGGGAAUUAGAGAAGAAGAAUUUGCCCCAGUUAAAAACAAGGAAGGAGAGCCAAAAGAUUCACCAACUACUGCCAGAGAGUUAAUAUCCAAGCUUCAUGCUUCCUGGAUCAAGAAACAAUUCCCUGAUGUUGAAUUCAAAGAAGAGCCUUCUGACAGUUUCGUGGUAGAGCUAGACUUUUCAAAGACAUAUGAAGGAGAGUUCCUGACCAAAGAGAUGAUCCCAGAGGGAGUACUAAAGGAAUAGCACUAUUGCUAAAAUCUAAUUCUUGCUAA